AUGGCUGCUGCAGCAAAGUUUUUCGCCUUUGCCUGUGGCGUUGCAGCAGCUGUAAAUGUUGGCACAAAGCAGGCCAAGUCGCAGGCACCAAUGCUGCUGGAAUGCGGGAUCACGGUGACCAAUUCGACCAGUGGAGCACCGGAUCUAAUCGGCAAUCCAAACGCUGAUGGAAGUUUCCUAUUUUGUCCCAACACCACAGGCUUGGCGCAAAUCAGCACCUGUGAUUCAAAUGUGGAAACCUGGCUCUACAUCCGUGGUCCAGGCAUCGACUUUUCUUGCAAUGAUUGUGGAGAUUGUCGACGAGCACGUCGAGCAGAGGGUUCACUUAGUUUCGUGGCAGGGGAAUGCUACGAGAUUUUUGUGGAGGCUGCUGAAGGGGAGUACACCAUCUCCAUGACUUGCACCACUGAGACCGUCAUUCCCGCCAACAACACAUGCCCCAUCUACGCUGUAGGCAAUGAUAUGCCAUCCGAACUUCGUAGAUUCGCCGACUCCGUCACAGUGCGAGACAGAGUUGCCGAUUUCGAAGCAGCAUUAAGCGAUGGUUUGCCACCAGAGAGUCAAGUCCUACUGGAUUUGGGAUCGACAAGAAACUUGGAGCCAGACACACUGAGUGAGUUGAAUCGGAGCAUCUUGGAAGAUGGUAUCCAUUUGGUGAUGUUCAAAGAUACUAACAACCCCCCACGGCUCAUCACUGAUCUCGUGGGCUCACGGUUCUUUACCAGAGCCUGCGAGCAGGUUCAGGAGCUACAGCUGACUUUCAUGCUCGAAGCUUCUGCGCUGAUCUCUUUGGUGGUGCAGGGGCUUCGCUCCAACUUGUGGGGUUUGGCUUGUCCCUUCUACUGCACUGGCCCUUCGAUCUCCUUGGCUGCUACUUGCAUGGGUACCAGCCACGACGGCAAUCUUGAUAUCUCCCUUGAAAUCUCCGGCUUGGCCGUGUCUGUGUCUGGCCCUGCUUCUUUGGUUGGUGACUUUGUCCAGUUCAUCUCGGCUUUCCGCCCUGCUCGGUCUGCUUCCCCUGAGCCUUCCGUUGGGUCUUUUGAGGUUGUCAGUUCUGCGCCUUCCGAACCUGCUCCGGUUUCCGUUGGACUUGAAACCCGUGACCAAAUCCUGGCCUCUUUCCGUCCUUGUCCUGCUCAUCUGCGUGGAUUGGGUGUUAAGCUCACAGGUGCUACUCUGUCAGGUUCUGCCCGCAUUGACCGUGCUUGGGUUGCUGGCUGCUGGGCUCGGGCUGUCAAGGACAAGAGGGUGCACUCUCCCAACAGGACGCCUCCUUUGGAUUUGCGCUCUCGGUUCUACGCUGUGGCUAGAGCCAACUCUGUCGUGGGUCCAGUCAUUUUCAGGUCAUCAGCAUCCUAUUGGCGUGCCCUGGGGACUCUUGAAGGUUCCAACUCAAUCUCACAGAGCUUCCCAAGUGAGACAGAGGCCAAGGUAUACCUCCUUGCCGCUGGAUUUGAAGAGGAAGAGGAGGAUUUGUUGAGCCGCUUGGUGACUGUUGCAGAGGAUCUGGAGCCCUACGUGCUUCAAUGGCCUGCUCAAGACGAUGCAGACGGUUUUGCCGAGGCUCUAGCUUUGGUGGUUGCAAAAAGGCGCGGAGGAAUGCUGCUGGCGCUCCCACCUGGCCUGAUUCCAGAUCGGAUCCUGGAUUUGGCCAAUGCUGGAGAAGAUGCCGGGCCAGUGGGGGCUUCUACAAGAAUCACAAUGCCAGGGGUCAUUUUGGACGGAGGUCUGGUGUCUCCAACUGGCACAGAUGUGACCGUGGUUUUGGUAGAUUUGGCGGAGGAGUUGGUUCCAAGGUUGCGAGUUGCCGAGGGAGCGGAGGAGAUAGCCAUCCCCUUCGACCUGGACUCACCCUUCACUUUUCCAGCUCCUGCUCCUACCCUCGAUUUGGCAAUGAAGUGGGUGCAAGACUCAGAUGUGGAAUCAGGUCUGGCAUACUACUCAGCAGCGUCAGUGGAAGCCCCGCCGCCUCCCUCUCAGAGGCCAUCCAGAAAACAGAGAAAGCCGCCAGGGGACGCAGACACUCCUACUGGCACCGAAAAGCAGCAAAAGCCCAAGAGGCCUACCACGGCAAGCCUGGCAGCUUCCAUGGACCAGCUUUUGGACUUGGUGCCAAAUCUGACUUCUCAGGUGCAAACUUUGGUUUUGAGACAGGAUGCACUCGAGACCAGGUUGGCUGCUCCCACCAGGGCUGGAACUCUUGGACUUACCCAGCCUCUUUCAUCCAGUCUGACGGCGGCAUCAAAUGCGGGGGCCGUGGCGAACCUGAUUGCUGCACCUCCACCGAGGACGCGAGCUCAGCCUGGACUUGCUGGAGGAAUGGAUUUUCAACCUCCCGAGCUCAAGGAUCUGGAGGAGGAGAAGCCCCCUUUGGGCCCUGCUGCCGGAGGGGACCUGGCGAGAGCAGUCCUUGCGCAAUCUCAAGCUCUCACAGCACUAGUUGGGCAGAUUGCACAGUCCAGCCAGGACCCCAUGGUGGAUUUGGGUGGAGGGACAUCUUCAGCAAGCACGAGGGGAGCUCUUGGACGAGCGAGACUUCAAGCAGAACUAGCCACCCAUUCCGGCGCCUUCUACCAGUCGGUCCUGAGAUCGAUGGCAAGACGAAUGCAGCCAACAGCCCCAGCAACUGGGACUCCUGCAGAGCUCCUCAGCAGGGGGAUCAGCGGAACACAAUACAUGGAACGCUACGGGGGCUUCGGAAGGCACCGGGAUCUGGGUUUGGUCCUAUACCAGGUGAUGUCGAUUUUGGACUUUUUGCAGUCGGACAAUCUUGGAGCUGCGAGGGACGCCACUGCCCUUUUGGCGGUCUGCCUCGACCAGGCAGUCAUCGACAAUGGCCGGUUCGACUUGGCCGCCCUCCUGACGCUUCAAGAAGACCCUCCGUCUUCGAUCUUCAUCAACAGACAACAAAGCACCCUAUCUCGCUCCAGAACCUUCUCCCACCUUGCGGAUCAACGAUGGGUGACGGUGGCUCUUGCUUUUAUAAAAGAACUCGAGGUCAUCAACAGCAAGCGCCUCGAGAUCACGGGAGGAGUGGGGGGAGGAGGCCCGAAAGGCCAGGGAUCCUCAGAUCCACAACCAGAAGGAAAGGCUCAGCCAAAGCGAGUCGCCAAGGGAAGGGGAAAGAACCAAAGUGCGGGAGCGCCGGAUCAGGAGGAGGAGUGUAGAUCCGGUCCUGAAUUAGGUGCAGCUCUGAUGCAGCUUGAGCGUUUCAUCGACUCUGAACCUGUCUUCCAAGGCGGGUACUUGGAUGGCCCCGUCAGGUUUCGCGAGGACCCUGACUUGUUUCCCCGUGAUGAAUUUCCCCAGCUUUUCCCCUACAGGUCUUUGGAUUCAGCCCGCUUGAAGUUGGUUGGACAAGGUGCCUGGCCCAUGGAGAAGUUCAUCGAAGGGCCGCUUUGGUUGCCGUUCCAAGAGCCUGCCAUUUUGCGACAUGGUUUGGAAGUUGAUUUUUCAGCUGCCCCAAAUUUCAAGAAGGAGUCCCGUGACGAAUGCCUGCGGCUUGUGAAGCUUUGGGACAGCAAAGGACUUGUCAGGCUUUUUGAGGAGCCAGCUGAGCCAGGGCUGUUUUGUAGGGUUUUCAACGCCUUCAAGAGUCCUGAGUGCGACAGGCAGAUAGAUUUCUAUCACCAAGCUGCUGUGACUGCAAGUAGGGCCCAGACAAACCUUUUGCCUUUCUCAUUCGAACCUGAAGAGCUUGUUGGUCUUGAAGCUUUUGAGAGGGAGAAGCUUGAAGCGGUGAAGCAGAGCCCAAAGGGCCGUGAAGUCAUAGGAGAUCGCCUUGGACUUAUCCCCAAAAAGCUUGCCCCAAAAGAAUGGACUCCAAAGCCACUGUUUGCAGGUUUUGCCUCGCUCUUUCAGGGUGACCAUCUUGGGGUUGAGUUUGCUCUGUGUGCCCACCAGCAGCUGCUUGAGGAUGCUUGUCUCUUGCGUGAUGGUCAGCAGGUAAAGGGGUCAUGCCCUUUCCCAAAAGGCCCGGUGUACUCUGGUUUGGUCAUUGAUGACUUUUUCCUGAUCAGCCGGGAGGGUGCCAAGAAACCAAAACAUGACACGUCAGCUUUUCAUGCUUUGGCCGCCGCCAGGAGAACAUAUGAAGCUGAGGGUCUGAUCGGAUCCACUGAAAAGGACAUUGAGGCUGCUAGUGUCUUCAAAGCGGCCGGGGCUGAGUUUGUCUCUGAUGAACAUGCGGUGCAAUCAGGUUGUGUCACGGUUGGUGCCCCUCGAGCGAAACGUCUUGCCUUAGCCGCGCUGUCCCUCCGAGCCGCCAGACUUCCUGGACUUUCCCCUCAGCUUGCGUCUCGCCUUGCUGGAAACUGGUCGUCUGUGUUGCUGUACCGGCGGUGUCUCUCGAGCGUUGUUGAUGGACUGUUUGCCCUGGGGGUUUCUGAGUCCUGUGCUGGAACGUCUGUUGUGCCGCUGCCCAGAAGAAUUGCCAGGGAACUCGUUUUGCUUGCAAUCAUGUCUCCUCUGACCUGUUCAAAUGUCGCAGUGAGCUACGUUGGCACCUUGUUUGCUUCUGAUGCGUCUUUGUCGAAGGGAGCCUUUGUUGCGGCUGAACUUGGUGCUGACAGGGUCGAAGAGCUUUGGCUUGACACUGAAAAGAAGGGAUCCUAUGCUCUCCUUGACUGCGGUUUCAAAGAGAUGCUUAAGCAUGUUGGCGAAUAUGAGGGUGAGGAGCAUGUGCCUGCGCCUCUCAUCAGGCCAAAAGCCUCACCCCUCUUGUACUAUGAUUUCGUUGAGAUCUGUGGAGGGGUUGGAGCUGUCAGUGCGGCUGCCUGUGAGCUUGGCCUUGUUUGUGCUCCACCUUUGGACCUUUCGGCUUCUGAGCACUACGACCUUGGGGACCUUCGUCCCUUGUCCUCAUGCGUGUUGGCCGUCGAUGUGCGAGACCAUGUGGCCUUGAGCAACCCCGCCGGUCAAAGAUGGCUUGGCUUGAUGAGUGGAUUUCCCUGGUCCAGUCUGGUGAUUUUGAAGAGGACUGUUGUUGCCUUGGCUGAAUCCGACAUGUCUUGCGAGGGCCUUGAGUCUGUUGUCACAAAUGACAUCAUGUGCACAUCGGUGUGGCAGGAAGCCCGAAGUUGGUUUUGGAAAAGACCUCGCCACAUCAACGCCUUGGAGGUGUCUGCUGGAAUUGCUGUGCUGAAUGAGGUUGGUCCAAAUGCCCCACACUCCCGGGUUGUGUCAUGCUUGGACUCUGCCGUUGCUCGGGGGGCCUUGUCAAAGGGUCGCUCCACGUCAACCCUUCUUCAGCCCCUCCUCCGCCGCUCAGCUGUCUUGCAGGUCUGUUUCGAUUUGUAUCCUGUUUGGCCUUUCUGCCCUACCCGCCACAAUGUUGCUGAUGACCCGACACGGGAUGUCGUUCUCCGUGAGCGUGCUCCUAACAGUGUCACCGCCUGUCAUGGGAUUGACCUGCGCUUGCUGCAUCGGGUAGGCCUUAAGAGAUUUGCUGCCAACUGGAUUCGGCUCUUCCUGCUUGUUUCGUGCGUUUCUGGGGGAAAAGCUGAUGGAUGCCAUGACCCUUUGGACUUCAACCCGGCCUUCUGGACUUACCCAGUUGCUCUUGGCAGUUUCCAUUGUCCCUUUAGGAGUUUUGGUGCCAUGAUGUCUCUCCUGGAUUUCAGUCUAGCCAAGUGGACUUUCCUGGCUCUUUUUGGGCGUGUCAUGAGCUUGGCUCUCACUACCCAUCGGUUGCUGGUUGGAGUCCUCUUUUGGCUUUUCAUGUUUGCUCUCUUCCGUCGUGGCUGUCAGUUUCGGGCCCUCCGUGUCCUUUUUGGAUUUUACGGAUGUGUCUGUGUGUCGAUGUCCCUUGCACCACCAGGCCCCCGUUUUGAUGGAUUUCAGUUCGGCGCGUUUGCCAUGGAAGCCUCCUCCGUUGCUGAGAGGCGCAGGGCUGCAAUGAGAACUGAGACUGUCCUGAAAGGAGACCGUGUAAUACUGGAUGCGACAAGAAACAGACGGAAGAAACUUCUGAAGCAAUUCCAGGUAUGGCUCUGGAGUGAGCGAGGCGUAUCUCUGAAGUUUUUGCUGCAAGAGAAGCCGCCUGACCCUGAGAAGAUCUCUGAAUGGUUGGUCGCUUUUGGGAGAGAGCUUUUCCGUACAGGAAAGGCCUACGGAAUCUUCGCCGAGACAAUCAACGCAGUUUCCGCAGCCAGACCUGCGAUCCGAAAGCAAUUAACUUUGGCUUGGGACUACGCCUUCUCCUGGGUUGCUGAUGAGCCCUUCCACCACAGACCUGCCAUGCCGGCUUCGGUUUUGCUGGCAAUUUUAGCAGUCGCUUUGUUUUGGGGAUGGGUUGAAGAAGCAGCAAUUUUUGGAAUGGCUUGGGCUGGACUAUUAAGGAUCGGGGAGGCCUUACAAGCUCUCCGCUCUGAUUUGGUUCUGCCUGAAGACGCAGCCCCAGGAAUGACCUAUGCACUGCUUCGCAUCAGGGAGCCCAAAACUCGAGGUGGUGGAUUUGCCAAUGGACCAUCAGAACUCUUUCAGGCUUCCUUCACCAAUCCUCAGUGUGUCUUCCGGAGGGACUUACCCAGUUCUGUCGACGGCUUCUAUGGCAGGUUGAACAGUUUGGCUUGGACCAUUCCACAUGGCAAAGGACGCAUCACCUACAUUGGAGCCUCUUUACGAAAAGGACGCUUUCAAGUGAUUUCUGAGGAUGGGAGGAAAUUGCUGCAAAGUUCCGUUCGCUCAGUGUGUAAAGGUGGCAACCUUACCAACAUUACAAAUGCCACUGCGACCAACAUGACGCCCGUUGACAUGACAUGUGGCAGCAUUGUUCAAGGUGUGGUUGUCCAAGGAAGCACGGUAGACGAUGCUCACUUCACCAAACACACCUUUUGCACUCCAGAAGUUCCAGAGGGCAAUGAAGCUGGUGAUCGCUUGUCAGUUCAGUUUUCUACUUGUGGCUCUUCGAUUAGCACCGGUUUGACGGCCUUCGGCCCAGGCUUGGACUUGAGAUGCUUCGACGGUAGUUGCGGAACAGCUGCAAGGGGGCCAUGCUUCGAACGGGCCGAGGCUAGAUUCAACAUGAGAUAUGGCGAGUGUUUUGAAGUCAAUGUCUAUGGAAGUUUGUCGCAACUGGGAAACUACUCCCUUUGGGGCUCCUGUUGUGGGAGCAAUUUUGAAAGGGACUUCUGCAACAGCCGGGGCCGAGGACAACACAUCAGAUGGGGUCCCCCCUUGGAAAGUGAUCAAGGCAGCGCCAGUGACGUGUGCGGAUGCAUUUGUGACUAUCCCUUCACAGGGCCAAGAUGCGACUCGUGCCGAAUCGAUAAUUUUGUGGCCUUUGUCUUCGUGAAUGGCACUUGUGAAAAUUGCAUCCAAGAACCGCGGACUGGCCUGGUUGCGUUGCAUGAUACCACAUUUGUGUGGGACUCCGACAACUACGUGCAACCUGAACGCGCAUCAAAUCCUGCCUUUAGCCGUGGCCUUGGCUUCAUACCCGGGGAACGCAGUCUGGUUGAGACAAGCCAGAUCAUAAAUCAAAAAAUUGAGCUCUCCCUGAGUUCCUGUACAGUUGAAAGCAGCAGACCGUUCAUUUCGGACUUGCAAAUUUCAUUGAGAAUGAGGAGGAGUACCAGGGACGAAUUAGCUUGCGCUCCAAAGAUAGUAUGUGAGAGUCUCCCUCAAGCUACAAAGUCAGCCAAGUUUGCUUUCCACAUCCUGUCGCUGCCACCUGGAGACCCAGAGUUUGCAGUGGCAAUGCUCUCGUUUCUGGAGCUUCUCCACAGAACUUUUGAUGGAACCAGCAGCACUGUGGUGAUCUCUGACUCUCAAAACAGCUUCACCAACCCACUGGACUCAUCUUCGAUCGCUUCAACCACCAUUCUGUGCAGAUCCAGGCAACAUAGCUUUGCCAAACCUUGA